GGAUUUCGGGGGGACCGCACAGCGUGGAUGAUGGUGCUGAUCAACAACAUCGUCAUCUGCAACGUCCUGUCGGUGUUCGGCACAGCCGCCAACGCCAUCAACAUGGCCGUGCUCUACAAGCAGGGACUGGACACCUCGAUAAACAUCAGCUUCUUCGGGAUGGCGCUGUCCGACACGUGCAGCCUGCUGACCCUCCUGUGGUACAACGUCUGCUUCAACCCCUUGUUGAGCGACUCGGGGCUGCCGCUUGACCCCAUCGAGUUCCAGCAUCUGACCGGAUGCUACCCGCACGACUGUUUCUCGAGGAUCACGGGAAUGAUCAUCAUGUACGUCACCGCGGAGCGCUGUCUGUGCAUCAUGGCGCCACUGAGGGUUAAAUUAAUCAUCACGCCGCGGAGAGCUACCAUGAUCGUCUGCUUCCUAUAUCUGUUGAUGUUUGCUCUCCUCAUCCCUGAAUAUUACUCCUACUACCUUGACUGGAAGUUUUUCCCCGCAAGAAAUAAAACCCUCAUCGGGUUGGUGACCAGACCGCACGCUAUUCUUCUCGAAAGCCUGACCGAUAUCAUGUAUGCCGUCUGUCUUAUCACGUCAUUCAUCUCCGUCGUUAUCCUGACAAUCAUCCUGGUUAAAAAACUGCAGCAGAAAGAAAUGUGGCGCAUGGCGUCGACCGCAGACAAGCAUCAGUCGGACAGAAUGUCAACCCGCAACCGUAAAACCAUUCACAUGGUGGUGCAGAUCGCCGCCAUGCUCAUCGUCUGCUACACCCCUGUGGUCGUCGUCUACGUCUGGACGUUCUUGGAACCAGAGUUCACCACCAGUGGCCUGUACGCCAACCUCUACUUCGCCGCCUGCUCUGUGGCUCAGGUCUUCGAGGCUAUCAAUUCUAGCUUCCACAUCGUGUUGUACUACGUCAUGAGUUCAAACUACAGGUGCACGUUGCACCAAAUUUUGCCAUUUAAAUUUGGCAGUCAG